AGUGCGCCCCAGGGGGUGCGAAGUUGGAGAUAGAGGGCGCUGCUACUCUAUUUCUGAAUUGCCCUCGUACUCCUAAGACUCUCUCUGAGUCCAAAACGACACGUGACCAGGGGACACAAACUGAUGGCGAUGAAUUGAUUUCGGAUAUGUGUGAGACAAUAAAAUCUUUACGCAAACAGCUAAAGGAAGCUCUCGAGAGUUCACCUCCUUCUAGGGCUGAAAAACCAGAUGCUGAUGUUGCUACCGAUGAAGAUGAAAGAAUAAUCAGCAAUCAGCAGAAAACUGCCCUAAUACAAAAUCAUAGAAGAAACCAUAAGCGAAGCUCGAGUUCUUGUAUUACGGCCAAUAAUCCAAACUCGGACACUGGUGCAUCUGAGGAUGAGUGGAAGCCUGAGGAUUACAGGCCAAGCAAGCAAAAUAUUAAUGACAUCAAGACACCUAAGGGGAAUGAGCCGGUGCCGAUUGGAGAGGGAUACGCAACAGUACCAGCCAGGGUCCUUAAGCAAAUUGAUUGGAGAUCAUACACUAGUGCGACAAGGAAACUGUUGACUUCGGUGUUUACACGCCGAGAGUUAGCGACUCAUUCAUUGACCGGGAAAUCUUCUCCUGCCUUCCCGGGAAAACCUGCGAAGAAACGUCUCAAUCCCGAGCUCGUCAAUGACAUCGUGCAGACUGUCGUUGAAAAAUCAAAGGUCAACGCAAGCUUGGUGCGAACGAGUAUAACUACGAAAUGUGCUGAUGAGAGCAAAAUGUACCGCAAUCGUCAAAAAAAUAAAAGAACCAAGAAAACUUUCCUCCAUCGCCGCAUAAUGAUAAAUGAAACUUCUUCUUGUUUAGAUAACAUGAACUAA